UUCUGUUUGCAAUUUUAAAUUUGCAAUCUAUGUUUGAAAUUGUAGUUCGUGGUACUUUUCUUGUACUUGCUUAGUUUGUCAUUUUGUCGUUCCCGAAUUAUUUUCUGAGAAACAGACGGCUUAUUUAGUUUUGUUUCACUUUAUUCUGUAUAUUAGUAUAUCAUAUAAAGAUAAGUUUAUUUAUUUUCCAUAUUUAAUGUGGUGAAUACAAAAUGCAACCGACAACCAUGCAUCCCAAACUCUCCGAUACUACCCAAAAUAUUUCAUUUGCAGAAGAAGAUGAUAUGUGCAAUGCUUUAGUCUUUGCAACUGAUGUGGUGGUUACUACUAACAUUGGUAACCAUAAUCAUGGUAGCUCUAAGGUAAAACUUACAAAUAUUGUGGAUUACAACUGGGAAGCAAAAUUUUAUCCUGGCCGUCUAAUUGAUGUGCAUAACAGUGGGAAAUAUUUAGCUUAUUGCAUUAAACCUCCAGUAUCUGUGGAUGGAAUGGUUAGAGUUGUAUACAUGGAACCUGAUAUAAAUGAAAGAUGUCUUAUUAAGGGUAUGAAAGGAGAGGUCCAAGAUUUGGCUUUUGCAUUCAUUCAGAAUCAAGUUCUUCUUGCUUGUAUUGAUGAAUUUGGGAAUAUCUAUGUGCAUGAGUUUAUGUUUGGAGAUGGGAGACUCAGAUCAACACUAAUUGCGGAGAUUCAAGAGGACACUGGCCUGGGGGGUUCUGCUCACUUAGUGGCUUGGUGCCCUUACAUCCCUGACGAAGAUGACGACUCCAGUGAUGAUGAUGUAGCUAAGAUGCUACUCAGCACGCAUUCUAAUGUUGCUCGCAUAUGGAACAUACGCGAAGUCAGUGCAAUACCCGGUGGGGUUAUCAAAGGUAAAGAGGCGUUAAAUCGCGGCUUGGGACAGAUAGCAAGUACACACGCUGCAGCUCUGCGUGCUGCUGCCUUCUCCCCUGAUGGUACAGCACUAGCAACUGCAGGAGCCGAUGGAUAUGUUAUGUUUGCACAGGUAUGCAUAGAUGGAUCAGAUGUACCCCGUUGUCUUCAUAAAUGGCAGCCACAUGAUGGCAAACCUCUCACCUGUCUCUUCUUUCUGGACAACCGUAAAAAUUAUAAUACUGAUGUCCAAUUCUGGAAAUUCGCGGUAACAGGCGCUGAUAAUAACACGAACAUAAAGAUAUGGACUUGCAAAACCUGGAUGUGCCUGCAGACGAUCACAUUCACCCCUCCCUUGGGCACAGAUCUCCCUUUGAGUUUAAAGGCCCAAUUGGAUGCCAGUGCGAGCUAUUUGCUACUAAGUGACUUUAAAACUAGAAGUCUGUAUGUGCUCAAUAUGAAGAGAGACGAUGAGGAUAGAAUGGCAUAUUGCAAGAGUGUUUCUGAGUUUUUGCUACCAUAUCAGGUGCUUGGGUUCUGUAUUGUAGACGCUGAGGAGCAACUAGUACAGUGUGAGUCGCGUUGUGACGAUCCCUUCCACAGAAAUGGAUCUGCCCUCGACAACUCCCCUGCCGAUUUUGAUUUACAUGACAACGAGGUAUGCACAGUAAAUGAUGCAGGUUCAAAGCGAACUAAAGUGCGACUUUAUUUAAUGCAACCCAAAGGUUUACAAGAGGCAAAUCUUAUAUAUACGCAACAACCCACUGAAAAACAAUCAGACGAUUCGGAAAGUUUAACGCUUGAAGAGCCAGUGGAAGAAGACGAAAUUCCUUCAAAUAUCCUACAGCAACAAACACAACAACUCAAGAAUCUACUACUUAGGUCACAGAAUCAAACAAACAGUCUUAUAAAUCCUCGAGUGGAGUCACCUACUGAUAUGCCGCAGCUGAAUCUUAUGACGCCAGACGCUUUUAGCUCUCCUGGUAAACGUGAAGAAGAAGAUACUUCAGUAACUGUUCAAGAUAUCCCGCGACUAUCAAAUGCCGGUUGCGAAGAAGAUGAGGUGGCCAGCUUCAGUUCUGCUAAGCAGGUGUCUGGUGGGUCUUCACCGAGUCGAGAAGUUCAACAAAUUAUGUCUCAUAACGACUUUUAUAAGGAUGAUGAAGAUGAAUCUCAGUCGCCAGCAGUAGAAGAGGUGACCACAAACGGAACAGACACAAUUUAUCCAACUGAGUUAUAUGUUUCACCUGAGAAAUCGCAAGCACCCGCCAAAUUGACCCAUAGCAACAGCGAAACGUCAUGGCCUCAAAUUUCGUUAGCUCAAAUCACGGAAGCAAACCAGCGUAAAGCGUCUAGCGAUAAAUCAAGCAGUCAAUCGCUUUCCGCUCCGCUACCAGCUCCGCUAACCGCUCCACCACAACCUACAGUUGUAACAGUCGUAGAUGAAGCGACUAAAAAUAAACUGGAGUCUUUAGAAUCUAAACUUGAUAAGCUAACAGAUCUAGUAACCCAACAAGCGCGUGAAUUACGUGCAAUGCGCAAUGAAAGUCGACCUGCGCGUGAGUUCGUAGAACAGGUGUUAGUCGAACACACGCAGAGGACCACCGCCGCCAUAGAUACAGCUCUGUCUAACGGUUGGGAGCGCAUAUCUCGUAUUGGUGAGUCCGCUAGUAUAACAGCGGCACAAGCAGCGGGAGCGGGAGCGGCGAGAGCGUUGGAACCACUCGCAGCGGCCUUACAACACGAGCUGGCUGUCAAACUCACAGCUACGGACAAACUUCUUUCCGAGAAUAUUAAUAAACUGGUUAAUAAUAAGACCGUAAUGGAACGUCUAAGUGUGUCCAUAGCGUCCUCGUUAUCGGACAUGGUGCGUACGUCGUUCCGCGAUGCAUUGCUAGAGAGCGCUGUUCCCAUGAUAGAGAAAGCGCACGCGCAGAUAUUCCGACAGAUAAAUCACACAUUUCAAAAUGGGACUAAGGAAUUCACAGCGAACACAGAGCAAGCGGCUCGUUUAGCAGCAGAAAGGGGUGGGGCCGCUGCCGCCAAUGCCUUACGAGCAUCUCUCGAACAACACACGGAGGCUCUUGCUAGGGCCACGCCCCUGCAGCCUCAACUUUUUGCUGCACAGUUGAAGGAAGUCGCACAUAGUGUUUUGGAGAAAGAAAUGUCUUGGUGGCGUGAUCAAGCAAGGAACGUGGCAGUUCAAAUGUCACGUGCUCAAACACCUGCCACGCCCUCUGUGUCUGACAGACAGCUGCAAGUUAGCCAAAUUCAGCAAUUGUUAUUAAAUGGCGAUGCAAAUGGGGCCUUUCAAAUGGCUUUACAAGCGGCAGAUCUAAACUUGGUAGUAGGAACUUGUAAGAGCACGGAUCCGGCAAAUAUUUUCGGCCCACCGUGCAAAUUGAAACAGCCCGUCCUCCUUUCCUUAGUACAGCAGCUGGCUGCCGAUAUGGGAAGAGACACACAUAUCAAACUAAGGUAUAUAGAAGAAGCCUUAAUGAAUCUGGAUACAAACAGCCCGGCCACUAUAGAAAACUUACCAAAAGUGAUACCAGGGCUACAGAAGAAUAUAGCAAACUUCCUCAAUGCUAAUCCUAUCCAUGCAUUGACGCGACAGUUCAAAGUUCUUCUGAUGGCUGCCGAAUCACUGAAUAAGUUCUGUGCCUGACCGUGCUGUCAUUGUAUUUGUGUCAGACAUUGACUAAAAUGGACAUUCAAUCAACGCUUACGGGUCUAGAUUACGUCAGAAUCAUAUUAGCCAAGAACCUGUUUUUCUUCUGACAGCUGUAUGUACACACUCGCUCUCCAAAUAUGUCCAAAGCUUAUGCAUAUUAGCCUUCCCAUAAAUACCGAAACAAAGAAUAAAAAAUGUUUCUAUUGCAAAUAACAUUUAUUACUUUUGUACUUUUUAUAGUGUGUUAGUUUUUUAAAUGUUAAAAAAAUUAAAAAUAAAAAGCCUAUUCGAAGUGUUCUACAUUGACUGCAAUACAGUCCUUAAAGCUUUGAGGCCAGUUAUCAAUAUAAGUACGCACUCUUUCCAUGGGAAAAUUCUUAAUUGCCAAUCGUACGGAUUGUUUUAGAGACACCAAAUUAUGGUGGUGUUUAGAGCAAGCAGUACUCUCUAAAAUCGACUAUAAAAAAUAAUCCAGCCGAUUAAGAUCGGGAAUAGACGACGUCCAGUCUUCAGCUCUGAUGAAGUCCGCAACAUUCGUCUCAAACCAAGACUGCGUAAACCGAGCUUUAUGACCUGGCGUCUUGCUGGGAGGACUUUAAACAUUUUUCUGUGACCUCCCUUUUCAUACCGCUUCAGUAGUUUCGAUUUUACCAGCCUAUUCUUUUUUAAAUUAUUAUCAGUUAAUAAAUGACCAGUACGUCUCUUAAAAGCUCCAAGUUAUAAGUCGUCUUACGCGCGACACGAUUCUAGUUCUUCAUCUCCGGAGAAAUUUUUAAAUACCAAGUGUUCAAAAUCGCAUAUUUGACUCCAUACCUACUUUGUGUAAUGCAAUCACAGGGAUUCAGUCCUUUUUAUCACCCUAAUUCCUUUUUAUCAAGACUCUUAAGACUAAGUGUUUCUAACUAUAAAAUUUAGAGCCCAGACCUAAAUAUUUCCACAACAAAGUGUGAACGAGUGUGACAUACAUUAUUUCAGUAACUGAACAGUUUCUUGUCAAAAUGUUUUUGAUCUAUAUUUAACUUUUAAUGUUAUGUAAUACAAUUUAGUUGACAUCUUAAAAUAAUUUUUUAAUAAUACUAAAAUUUUCAAGUAAAAGUUUCAUUAUUGAUCAAAAACUAUGAUUUAAUUUUCCCGUAAGCAGUGUUGAAUAGUGAAAAUUAAUGAAAAUAUGGAUUCAGUGAAUUAUGAGUGAAAAGUGAUUUGAUGUAAGAUUAUUUUGUUUUCGUAUAUAUAAAUAUAACUAUUGUGUAUUAGUCUGUUAUAUUUUCAAAUACACAAAGUAUGUGCUAUGCAAUAACAUAGGUACAAGAAUUUGUAUGAAGCAUAGUGAGGAAUCAAAACAUUUUACUACCUAUAAAAAAAAGUUAGUUAACCAACUGGUGUCUACUUCAUAUAGGAGUGUAUUAAAAUAUUACUUUGCUUUAAUUUACUUGAAAAUGUAAAUUAUUUAUAUUUUUCAAUUUAAUUCUGUAAUAUUAUUAUUUAAUAUGCUAUUAUAAUAGUUAUUCCACAACAUGGUCUAGGUUCCAGGCUUUUUAAAAAAAAAGCUGCUUGCGUAAAUCUAGUUGCUUUCUUUUUUCUUUUUUUAAACCUUAUAUUGGAAUACUAUAAAAAUAUAACACAAUUGUAAUAGUUUAAAAUAAAAGUAAGAUGAUUUAUUAUCAAUGUUUUUAAUUAAAAUGGUAUGAAGAAUUGAGCAUAAGAAGGUAAUUUUUUUUUUGUAAUAGUAGGUAUUAUAUUAUAUAAGACUGGCCAUGCUGUAUGUGUAAGUAGUAUUUGUUGGACAAUUAAUAUAAAAAUAUCAUCGUUAACA